AACAGCUUGACCUGCACUUCUUUUACCACUUGGUUAGUUGCCUGCCCAGGACACAUAAAAACCUUUGCUAAGGACAUGUGAGAAGAGUAGAAACGUGCUCUUUAGAGAUUAUUGUCCUGGUAGAUACCCAGGAGAUUUCCAGAGACCUAUUUCAGCCUCACUUCUGUUGACACUGGUCCCCUGGGAGAUCUCCUGCCAAUCCAAGGGCCCCUGGAGAGAGCCUAAAUGACCUCACUGAGAAGAGAUACACCUGAGUCCCAGUGGCCAUGUGGUAUUGAGUAAUUAACAAGGAUCUCUGAACAAUAGGCACAAUUUCCAACAUGUUUCAUCAUGAAAAGGAGGAAGCCCAAACUGAAAUGAGUUACAAACCUUGUCAUCAACAGAAAAGAGUGGUUGGGCCCUGAUAUGAGCACAAUGAAGAAGAACAAAAGGGAGUCAAUCGAUGAGCAUGAUCCAGGACAUCUUCAAAAUAUGUUGGAUGGAGGAGGGUAUGCCCCUUUUGUAUCUCCUCCCAUGAUACAGAGCAAUUUUAUUCAGGUCAACAGGAGAGGUGAAUCCAUUUACGUUCACAACCGAGCCAACUGGGUGACUGUGGGAAUCUGUUCUUCCAGUUCUACCCAUAAGAUCCCCAAUGUGAUGCUGUUGGCACAUCUGAAACCCACUGCACAAAAACAUGGCAAACCCCUUUUUAAAAGUCUCCUGACAUCUCCUACAGAGAAGCUGGUGCUCACCAGGUUUCUUCCUCUGCAGUUUGUGACUCUUUCUGUGCAUAAUGCUGAGAAUAUGUGCCUCAACGUAAAGCUGGUGAGUGGUAGAGCCUACUACUUGCAGCUUUGUGUCCCUGCGAAUAAAAAAGAUGCCUUAUUUUCUCAAUGGAUGGACCUCAUCUGCCUCUUACAUCAGGAGAAAGCCAAAGCUUCCAAAGUGUCUGAAGUCUCAAGCCUCUCAGAAAUCACAAACAGCACUGAAGUCACAAGCUCCAUGGCUAUCAUGGAUAUUACAGCAUUUGCAGAUGUAAGACCCCACACAUGUACCUAUGCACAGAACCCCAUACAUGUCACAGAAAGCAUACAUUUUUCAGAGUUCUCAGAUAUUACUGACAUUACAGAUGUCACAGAUAUUCCAGAAAAUGAGGUCAUGGAGUGCCCUGAUGUAAGAAUUAUCAUGGAAGUCACCGAAGUCAUAGAAGCCAUAGAAGCCACAGAAGUCAAAAAUACCUCUGAUGCCACAAAUUUCUCGGGGGUCACUGUGGUGUUUGAAAAUGAUGAUAUAAUAAGGGCCAAGCAAGAAGAAAAGGAAAAAGUAGAAAAUUUUCUGAAGCCUGGAUGUCUACGAGAUACAAGAAGUAAAAGUGAAUUCAAACAAACCUCAAAACAUGUUACGAUCUCAAACAUAACACUGACUUUCAAAGGUGAAAGAUGUUUUCAGACUUCCUUGACUCCAAUAAAAAAUGAGACAAACAUAUCCAAAGAGAUGAGCAAUGAAACCUCUGAAGAAAUGAAGACUGAUUUUAAAAACACAGCUUUCAAAACUGAAUCCAGGGAGAAGAAAAAAAAACCUGAGGAUGAUAGUUUGGGAGACAACAUGACUAGAAGGCGUAAGUCCAUGAAACAACCUGGGGAAAGGAAUUGGAGCAAAUUUAGAAAGGAAAGAUGAAGAAUUCAGCUGUUGAAACUAAAGCUAGAAGCAAAAGACCCAGAUAAAUGCAAAUCACUAAGCUAAAAACAAGCCCAGCUCAGGAAAGAUAAUCAAUGCAAGAAGAAAACAAAGCAGAUCUUUCACAUGGCAGAAAUAAAGGGUGCA